GCUAAUCUACAACACUAGGGGGGUAGAAGACACACAGCGUCUAUCAUGGAGAACAGGUUGCUGGAGUGAACCGCUGAGCCCACAAUAGCGCAUUAACCAACCCCUGAAGCGUGUUUAAGACCUCCACCAGCGACACUACUCUUUGAGGAUAUAACCCGGACAACUCCAGCGGGACUGCUGCUCCCCCCCUCCUCUCCCCCCUAUGGACUCAGCGGUUUGAGCCGUUGACAGCCGCACUUUCCUCUCCCAACAAUCAGCCGCGUAUUACAGCACAAACAAGAGUCCUGCUCUGACAGGGUGGAAGGAGUGACCAGGAUAAGGAAGCAGGAGAGGAGGUAGAAGGGAGUGAACACUUUUUUUUAGCAUUAGAGCAGAUGGGUGAGACAGAGGACGAGCGCACGGCGCAGGCCGGCGUGCUCUUUGAGAACUUUGUCCAGGCGACCACCUGCAAAGGGACCCUGCAGGCCUUCAGCAUCCUCUGCAGGCAGUUGGAGCUGGACCCGCUGGACUACGCCAAUUUCUACGGGUCGCUGAAAGCGGCAAUCAGCACAUGGAAGGUCAAGGCCCUGUGGACCAAACUGGACAAAAGGGCGCAGCACAAGGUCUACAACCAGAAUAAAGCCUGCCAGGGCACCAGGUGCCUGAUUAUCGGUGGUGGUCCUUGCGGCCUGCGGACGGCCAUCGAGCUGUCCCUGUUGGGCUGUAAGGUAGUGGUGAUCGAGAAGAGGGACACCUUCUCCAGAAACAACGUCCUCCAUCUCUGGCCCUUCACCAUUCACGACCUUCGGGGCCUCGGAGCCAAGAAGUUCUACGGAAAGUUCUGUGCCGGCGCCAUCGACCACAUCAGUAUCCGCUACCUCCAGCUGAUGCUCCUCAAAGUGUGUCUUAUUCUUGGAGUGGAAAUUCAUGUCAACGUGGAGUUUGUCAAACUGGUGGAGCCACCGGCAGACCAGAGUGAUGACAGUCCCGGGUGGCGAGCCGAAGUCCACCCCCCCAGCCACCCCGUUGCUGACUUUGAUUUAGAUGUGGUGAUUGGAGCGGACGGACGCAAGAACACACUGGAUGGCUUUAGCCGCAAAGAGUUCAGAGGGAAGUUGGCCAUCGCCAUCACAGCCAACUUUGUCAACAGGAAUACCACAGCGGAGGCCAAAGUGGAGGAGAUCAGUGGCGUAGCGUUCAUCUUCAAUCAGAAGUUCUUUCUGGAACUCAAAGAGGACACAGGGAUCGACUUGGAGAACAUAGUUUACUACAGAGACAACACCCACUACUUUGUCAUGACGGCUAAAAAGCACAGUCUGCUGGAAAAGGGGGUCAUCAUGAAUGACUACGUGGAAACGGAGCGACUGCUGAGCCCCGAUAACGUCAACCAGGAAGCCUUGCGCUCGUACGCCCGCGAGGCGGCCGACUUCGGCACCAACUACCAGCUGCCGUCCCUGGACUAUGCCAUCAACCACUACGGGCAGCCUGACGUAGCCAUGUUUGACUUCACCAGCAUGUACGCCUCGGAGAACGCCGCCUUGAUCAGGGAGAAAAACGGACACCAGCUGCUGGUCUCGCUGGUGGGAGAUAGUCUGCUAGAGCCCUUCUGGCCCAUGGGUACGGGUUGUGCUCGGGGUUUCAUGGCAGCCUUCGACAGUGCGUGGAUGGUGAGGGGCUGGGCACAGGGCAGGAGCCCUCUGGAGAUACUGGCUGAGAGGGAGAGUAUCUACCGGCUGCUUCCUCAAACCACCACCGAGAAUAUCAGUAAAAACUUUGAACAGUAUGCCAUUGACCCCACCACGCGAUACCCCAACCUUAACUCCAGCUGUGUUCGCCCGCAUCAGGUGCGUCACCUGUUCAUUGAUGGCCAGCAGGACCUGUGUCUCUUGGCGAGAGGAGGCCCCACACGGAGAUCAGUGAACUUGUCUAGAAGAGACUCAGAGGUGCGUCCCGGCCGGCUUCUGACUUGGUGUCAGAAGCAAACUCAGGGCUACAAAGCCGUGAACGUCACGAACCUCACAUCCUCCUGGAGGAACGGCCUGGCCCUCUGCGCUCUUAUCCACCGCCAGAGGCCCGAGCUGAUCAACUACGACUCUCUGAACGAGGAGGACGUGGCGGCAAACAACCAGCUGGCGUUUGACCUGGCCGAGCGGGAGUUUGGCAUCCAGCCAGUGACGAGGGGGAAGGAAAUGGCUGCGGUGGCCGAGCCGGACAAGCUGCUGAUGGUUCUCUACCUUUCCAAAUUCUACGAGGCCUUUAGGAACUCUCCAGGGAACCCCCACGAAAACGGUUCCAGAAAAGCAGAUGAGAACAGUGAAGGAUGUCCAGCUCAAACCAACCACAGACUGCUGAACCCGCCUCAGCCGAUGAAGAGGACACCCAGGGAAGACAACAAGCCAGAAGACGAUUCCGUCAGCAAGAGGCGGCGAAAGGGCAACCACUACCUCACAGAGUUGUCUUGUCACAGUGCGCCCCCCGCUGGUGAGGACGGGGAGCUGCGGGAGAACAAGGUGCGCUCCAUGGCAACUCAGCUGCUGGCCAAGUUUGAGGAGAACUCAACUGCCAAGAUGAGCAACAAGUCUGAUGACCCAUCCGAUUCCUCCUCUUUUCCUUUCACCACGGCACAUCCUCUCUCAGAGGUUGAGGAUGAGGAGGAAGAGAGGGAAAACCCCCGUUUUGCACAGCCAAAGACCGCCCCCCCUCCUCCUCCUCGCGCUGCCCCUCGCCCUAAGUGGCAGCCCUCCGUCUACCUCCGCCUGCUAGAGAAUCCCAGUGCCGUCGUCCAGCACAGCGAUUUCUGCUACUGCCCCAAAUCCCCUCGCCCCCCUCAGAAUUGCUCUCCCUCCCCCUUGCAGCCUAAGAAUCCCCUCAGUCCCCCGCGCACACCGAGCCCGAACGUCCCUGAAUGCCACUCCCCGGAGCGCACCUUUCCCGACCCGGCGGCAGGCCGUUCCUCUGAGAGCGCGAUGCAGCAGCAGAACAAACAGUCCGGCCGGACUAUCAAAGAGCGGGCGGUCCUUCUCUCCUCCAUGUUCCCCGGGUCCAGCAGACCUUCUGCUCCUCACUCAGAAUCCCAGGUGAGACUUUCUACCCCUUCACCUGGUCAGUCCUCCACUACUUCUUCUUCUCCUCCUCCUCGUGCCUCUGUAUCUAAGAGCUCCAUUGUCCACCCCGUAGUCCACCCUGUCCCUGACCCCACUGCCCACGCCGGCUUCUCCUCUGUGCCCCAGUACACUGCUGGACACAAGGACAGGAUACACAAAGACUCCUCUAAGUGCUCGUCUUACACGGCCUCGGCCAACAGCGAAACAUCUGCCUUUUCCUCCACUUGCUUUGGAGAGAGCCUGACCAUCUGCGAUACUAACUGUGAAAAUGAGCACAGCACGUCAUCUCCCCGUGCAGUUUCUGUAUCGCACAAGGAAAGCUAUGAUGGGAUUCAUGAGAGUUCUCAGAAUAAUCUGGAAAGUAAGCAGGAGAAGGUCCACAAAACCACUUGCGACGCAUUUGAGAAAAUGGCAGAAAACCAACACAUGAAGUGCAAUGGGAGCUCUGCUCCUGAGAAAUCCAUUGUUUGCUCUGAGAGACGUCCGACCAGAGCUGCUAGUUACGUGAAGGAGCGUACAGUCGGAAAGGUUUCCUCCGCCAUAGACGCUAAAGCUCAGAAAUUGGCCGUCCUGUAUGAGACGGACCACAGGCCAAGUGCCACGCCGUGUGUGGUGCGGAAGGACUUCCCUCCUGGGCUCGGCGGUAGCGACGUCUGCCACUUCUGCAGCAAGCGGGUGUAUGUAAUGGAGAGGUUGAGCGCCGACGGCUACUUUUUCCACCGCGAGUGCUUCCGCUGUUACGUUUGCAACAGCACCCUCCGCCUUGGAGGUCACACCUUCGACUCGCAGGAGGCAAAGUUCUACUGCAAGAUGCAUUAUGCCCAGCGCCAGUCCGGCACUCACAUGGGGGGGUUGAGAAAGAGAAUGGAAGACCAACGGGGCGCCAACAACUCGUCGCUGGACGGCGGGGGCUUCUCGAUGACGGGAGGCCUCCAGCUGCAACCCCCAGGCGCAGCUUCCAGCUUGCAUCCAGAGCGGCUCAAAGAUCAGCCAGGAGCUCCCGGAGAAACGGAGAUGGCUGUGGAAGCGCUGGAGGCUCCCUGCAUAGUGAUGCCCACAACACAGGACCUCGCAGGGGCCAAGAGCCACAGCCAGGACUGUACCGCAGAUCACUGUAACACUAAACCGAAUCAUCGCUGGAGACGGAAGAUCAGAGCAACGUUCCCUCUGAUCUUCAUCAAGCACUUUCAAAGAGGCCUUCCUCCGGACAAACAGAGGCCCGAGACCGUCCUGGAAGCGGAAUCCGACUUUGAGGAGGUCCCUUCAGCAGAAAAACCAGCUAACUCGGACAGCAGUUCAGUGACAUCCGCAGAUACCCAGAUGAGCGAGGAGCACCUGACCAAAAAGCCCUCCAACUCUUCCACCCCAAAGAAGCGCUUGAUUCUCUCCCUCUCUGAUAAAGAGAAGCUCCUAAACUGGGAAACACCGGUCUUACCGGAAGAAGCUCAAAUUAACCCCGAAGACGCAUAUCGACCACAAACUCAGGUACGAGCAGAGGCAGCAGCAGAUAAGCUUCAGACGGACUUGAACCAGAUUGUGGAACCAUUCCCGAGCCAGACGUCCCCCUCAGCCCUCGGGCGCAUAGCAAACGCCUUCAGGAGGACAUUUAGGACAAAUGCUUCCAGCAGGUCCAACCAUGCGGUCCCGAUGAGGGCCAAAUGGGACGGCCCCCGCAAACGGAGGCCCGUGUCAGAGGGAGCGUUGAGCUUGAGCUCUCUCUUCACUGCCGAUGGGCCGCAGCCACACGGAGAUGAGAAGAGGGUCAGCAAGUGCAAAGCGCACGGGGGGUCUAUACGGGCCAAUCCGUGGGGGUCCGAGCAGGACUUGCCCUCUCUGUUGCAGCAAGUGUCCCUGAAGGGCCGCAGGAACUUCAGAGGGAUGUUCUCUGACGACAUGGCCUCGCUGCCCGGCAGGAGGGUCAACCUGUUCUCGUCCCUGAGGCUGAGGAAAAGGGAAGGGUCCGAGGGUGAGGGGUCGGACCACGAGGCGCAGAAGGAGAUCAGGACGAUACUCGCUAACCUCCGAAACAAAGCCUCCAGACAGCAGAAUCAUGAAGAGCCCACCUCUAGUGACGACGAAUACGAAUACCCGACAUCCAGUCAGAAGCCGUAUCCAGAGAGACAGAGCAGGAAGCAGGAGAGGAUGGUGGCCCAGCAGGCGAAAGCAGAACAGCUGAAGAGGCUCCACAGGGCUCAGGCCAUCCAGAGACAACUGGAGGAGGUUGCAGAGAAACAGAGAGACGUGGAGGAGAGAGGGGUGACCAUCGAGAAGAUCAUCAGAGGAGAAGCGGAAUUGUAUCGGACUGAAGACAGCGAAGAGGCCCAGCUCUAUCAGUCCUGGUUUCAACUCGUCUUGGAGAAGAACAGAUUGGCGCGCUACGAGUCUGAGCUCAUGAUCUUUGCCCAAGAGCUUGAACUUGAAGACACUCAGAGCCGUCUGCAGCGAGAUUUGCGGCACAGGAUGGCGACAGAAGACACAAAGAAGAGCGCCUCCGAGCUGCAGCAGGAGCAGGUGAUGCUGGCAGAGAUCAUGAGGACAGUGGAGAGACGCGACGCGCUGGUGUCCGUGCUGGAGGAGCAGAGGCUGAAGGAAAGGGCCGAGGACAGGGAUCUGGAGGGCCUUGUGCUGUCCAAGGGCUACGAGUUCAACUGGGCGCCGGCAGACCACAGCUGGGUGGGAGGGGGGACGGCGGAGUGAAGGUAGAACAGGAGGCGGGAAAGGGUUGGAACGUGGCGAGGCUUAGCAGAGCGCCAUUUUUUUUUAAAUCAAAAAAAUGUUGGCAAUGAACUCCUCCUCCUAAAAAUACACAUCUAGAUCGUGUGGUGAGGAGACAAAAGUCAUGGAAGUCUUGAGUCCCCCUAAAGAGGACGGCUUACAUCUGGUCUUCCUUUGCUAAGCUUAAAGAUGGGUGGAUGAACGGAGAAGGAGCUGCUAGUAACAUUCAGGUUAUCUGACCUCUGCGCUCACAAGUGCUGCUCAUAAUGUGACUGAGUGCCUCUGAGAGGAAUUACUCAACACUUUCCUUGAUGCGUGCACAAUCAAACAUGUUUUGCUUUGUCGUGGACUGACACUUUGUAACUGUGUGUGUGUUUUGAGUUUUUUUUGUUAUUUUCCCACUUUAUAUUGGAAGACUUAAAUAAAAUGCAAUAGUAAUCCCACCCAAAUACUAAUGAACACCAGAGAAUCCCACAGUCACGUGUUUGUGGCCAGCUGGUAUGAUGCGCAUUUGCCAGGUGAAUGGAAUUUUUACCUUUUGUAGUAAUUAUUGAUACUUCAAAACUGCAUCAUGCGGCAGAAAAGUGCACAUGUUGAAAUGUUCAGGCAUGUUGAAUGUCUGGUGAUGUCACAGCUUUUUCUUUCAGAGGGCUGAAGGAAACAACCUGGAAAUGAGUCAACAUUUUUUCACUCUCAAGUCGAUUGUCUUUAGUAAGCUUUUUUGCAUCAAAAAUCAUAAGCAUGGUGUUUUGCCGGUCCAAAUGUGUAAAGUCUCAAACGUUUGUUUGCCGCGGAUAUUAUUUUCUACAACAAUCCAAAACAAUGUUUGUUACCUUAUUUUCUGCCAUUGAACCAUAAAAGCCAUUAAAAAAAACACUUGGGACGGGUUUAUCAGAGGUGCAAACAUGCUGACUCUUAAAGGUAAAUCAUAGCCAGAGAUGUGACAAAGUGUUGAUGGUCUGAAUUCUUCUGUAAUUAUCUACCGUCAUUUAAGAUUAGUGUUGCACUCUUGUACGGCCGGUAAGUCAAAUGAAUUAUGUGUUUGAUGAAUUUUAAACCCAGGACAAGGAUCCACACUUAUCAUUUGGUCUGUGGUCUAUAAAUAUUAAGUUUGUGUAUAUUAUGAAUUUAAUAAAUUAUGAAUUUAAUAAAUUGUGAAUAACUUAUGUUUUCAUGAUUGAAAAAGUUGUGUUCUAUACAUUUCGGUUUUAUGCUGCUGUCAACUUUUAAAUGGAUAAAAUUAAACAUGAAUUCCACUUUUUUCUGCUCUAAUCAUUAACUAUUCCUAUUAAUAUAAGUUGGGGUAGGAAUGCCGCUUUGCAAACUUUCUUUAACAUUAUCAUGGCCUUAGGCCUUUUCUGUCAACAUAACCAGGACAUUCUGAUGUACCAUUCCAAAAUAAA